UGAAAGCUCAUCUCCAGCGGCUCGAACAGCUGAUUCCAUGCACUUGGCGACGUAACUUGUUGUUUGGUUGUUGUUGCGGAGAGGAUUGGAGCAGAGCGACUUGAAUUGGGGACUGCGGAUUGGGGAAACCAGUUUCAGUUUGUGGAAGUGGGAAGAGCGGCCAGCUUGGACUGCAACGGCAUCUUAACGGCGGCGCUAUUACAAAUCUGGCGAAAAGAAAGUUUUGACGCAAUCCACGGGCCGCUGCCUGUAAUGAAGAAGCGUCGCCGCCGCAGUUUCUGCUGCACUCUGCCCGUGAACGGACGCAUCUGCUCCAGCAGCAUCGGAAUUUCGGGAACUGGACAACGGUCGGCGAAACAUCGAACAACAAAAGCGGGAAAAAGUGAAAUCGCUGAUAAACCCGCAUACCUACAGAGCUAUUGUCAAUCAAUGAAUGCUCGCCUGAACCCUGGAGUCAACUUGGGAGCUCUGCGAAUUGGCGCGCAAUUGGCCAUAACAGCUUAACAGAGAUAAUAGUGAAGUAAUCGCUGAGACAUCCGCACGCUCCGUGGAGCAUGACACUUAAAUGCCAUUGAAAAGUUGGCAGUCGCAGCAAUAAAAGUGAAAUCCGCACGAGCAAACAUACGCACACGAAAAGCGAAACCAAAGGCAGCACCGACGCAGACAUGGCGGUAACCACAAGCUCCACCAGCGAGGCGACCGCAGCCACAACCACAGCUCCCGUUCCGCGACGCAAGCACAGUACGCGGGAGCAGCUGCAUCAAAUGCUAGCCGGUGGACUUUCGGCGGCCAUUACUCGCUCCACCUGCCAACCGCUGGACGUGCUCAAGAUCCGCUUCCAGCUGCAGGUGGAGCCGCUGGGCAAAAACGCCACCAAAGAGGGAUCGGGAGUUCUUACCUCCAAGUACACAUCCAUCGGACAGGCGGUGAAAACCAUUUACCGCGAGGAGGGACUGUUGGCCUUCUGGAAGGGCCACAAUCCUGCCCAGGUACUGAGCAUAAUGUACGGCAUUUGCCAGUUCUGGACGUACGAGCAGCUCAGCUUGAUGGCCAAACAGACCAGCUAUCUGGCGCAUCAUCAGCAUCUAUCGAACUUCCUGUGUGGCGCUGCGGCCGGAGGAGCAGCGGUGAUCAUCUCCACGCCUCUGGACGUCAUCCGCACGCGACUGAUUGCCCAGGACACCAGCAAAGGUUACAGGAAUGCAACCAGAGCUGUAUCGGCGAUUGUCCGCCAGGAGGGCCCUCGCGGCAUGUACCGCGGUCUGUCCUCCGCCCUGCUGCAAAUAACGCCGCUGAUGGGCACCAACUUCAUGGCCUACCGCCUGUUCAGCGACUGGGCGUGCGCCUUUAUGGAGGUGAGCGAUCGCAGCCAACUGCCCACGUGGACGCUGCUGGGACUGGGUGCCUCGUCGGGCAUGCUCUCCAAGACGAUCGUAUACCCCUUCGAUCUGAUCAAGAAGCGGCUGCAGAUCCAGGGCUUCGAAUCGAACCGCCAGACCUUCGGACAGACGCUGCAGUGCCACGGAGUCUGGGACUGUAUGCGGCUGACCGUGCGCCAAGAGGGCGUUAGGGGCUUGUACAAGGGCGUGGCCCCCACACUCCUUAAGUCAAGCAUGACGACGGCCCUGUACUUUAGCAUUUACGAUAAGCUCAAGCAGGUGCGCUUCUAGGUCUGGCUUGGAGUCGGGGUUAAUGGCGGCUCAAAUCCAUUGUUGUGCGCCCAAACGGAAUCUACGCUGUAUUUUCUAUUUUUAUAUACGAGUACAUCUACCGCAGCGCGUAAAUAAUAUUAAGUCUUAGGAUAA